AUGACCGCUCCAAUCACCGGCGAGGACCUCUUCCGGCCACCCAUCCUGCGUCCCUUCUCGGGGACAUUGGACCGCUCGCUCUUCUCCAGAACGAUCCCACUCGCCGCAGCCACCAUCCAAGACAACAAGAAUAUCUCGCGCCUCCGAAAGGACCUCGCGCGAUCCAAGGAGAUCCUCGACGUCGACCGCAUCAGCCCCAUCGCACCGCACCCCGAUGCGGACCUCGCGUCGCAGGGCAAGAAGUGCCUGCUCCUGAACCCCUCGGCCCGCGCUGAGGAGCCAUCGACAUGGGGCACCACCGUCAGGUCGGCCGUCGAGAAGGGCGAGCUCGGGGUCAUACCCUACGAGCUCAAGCUCGACUACGACUACUUCAACUUCCUGGACGUCAUCACGGCGGUCCUGCCCGAGGAUCUGCACGGUGAGAUCCCCUCGGGCUUCAACGUCGCUGGCCACGUCGCGCACCUGAACCUGAGGGAGCCGUACCACCCGUACAAGAAGCUCAUCGGCGAGAUCCUGGUGGACAAGAACCCGGCGAUCCGCACCGUCAUCAACAAGGUCGACAACGUGGGCACCGAGUCCGAGUUCCGCACCUUCGCGUACGAGGUCCUCGCCGGGCCCGACGACAUGGACGUCGAGGUCCGCGAGAACGAGUGCGCCUUCCACUUUGACUACAGCAAGGUGUACUGGAACAGCAAGCUGGAACCCGAGCACACGCGGCUCAUCAAGGCUUUCCAGCCUGGCGAGGUCGUUUGCGACGUCAUGGCAGGUAUCGGUCCCUUCGCGGUCCCGGCGGGCAGGAGGGGCGUGUUUGUCUGGGCCAACGACAUGAACCCAGAGAGCCACAAGUACAUGGUCGAGGCAAUCCAGCGGAACAAGGUUGGGCAGUAUGUGCGCCCCUUCAACGAGGACGGCAGGACCUUCAUACACAAGGCCGCAGACUCGGUUUACGAGGCCUCUCAGGCCGGUGAGCAUGUCAUUGUGCAGAAAAAGGUCAGGCGAAGCGAGGCCAAGGACAAGGGCCCACCACCAACAGAAAAGAUCCCAGUCCCCGCGACGAUAUCACACUUCGUCAUGAACUUGCCAGCCUCGGCGUACACAUUUGUACACCAUUAUCGCGGAGUAUACGCUGGGAGGGAGAAGCUCUUCACACCUCAUACGAACACCAAGUUACCACUAGUACACGUGCACUGCUUCGCUCUGAAGAGCGAUGACGAGGUCCCGCUAUUGGACAUCUGCGAACGACUCACCAGCGAGCUCGGUGUUAAGAUGGUGCCGGGCGAUGCUGAGAACCCGGGAGAGGCCAGCAUCUACAACGUCCGCGAUGUUGCGCCGGCAAAGCGGAUGUGGUGCGCGUCAUUCAGGGUGCCGCCAGAAAUAGCUUUCGCACCCCGGACGUGA